CCUCAAUCCUUCUCAACAGACUCACCGAAAUCUGGAAACCAUGUCAUCUAUUGGAGUUAUCAGAAAACCUGAUGAGCAAUGCAGAGCAGAUGACCCAGCAUGGCCUGGAACAGUCUCAGCUGUGGCAUUCCGUGGCCAAUCAGAGCUCAGAACUCAGAAUGGGCCCUCCACCCGGCCACCCCCCCCACCUCCAGCAGCAACCAACUGACCUGGGGAGGGAUCUCGUCAGUCACACCUGGACUCUCCUGGAGACCCCAGGUGUAGCUGGGGAGAGGUCCCAGUUACCGAACUGCACACCACCGACGCCCUCUGCUGGUCAGUCAGUCCACUACAGAGACUCGUUCUGCCUGGGGAGAGAGGGACAGUCAGACUCCUUCCCUGCCUCCUGCCAGCUGCAACUGCCCCUCCCUGUUGCCAAAUCCAGCCCAAGCUGGUUCAGCAGGCUCCUCCAGGUGGGGGUGGAGACGAAGGACCAUCUGCCCAGAGACACCAACAAACCUAUCGCCUGGGACACGUGUCUCCAGAGAUGGGUGAACAGGAGAGCCUCGAACACAGAGGCUGGAUCCUUUUCUCCCACAAAUGCCCCCUGUCCCCCGACUACGGGCAACGAUGCCAUACAAAAUGGAAUCAAUAAGUACUCUGUACAAGCUGUCCCAGGUCACCUUAGGAACGCGUAUCCAUCUUGGAAAAACUGUUGGAGAAGAACACUCCCUCUCACAUCCCCGCCCCUCCCCUCUGCCCCCCUGGAUCAUUUGGGCUACCUGCUGUCCCAGAUCCCCUCUGAGGAGCUGGUCUUUCCUUCUCCUUCUGAAGGCUGGCUGAAGGUGGAACUGCUAUCAGAGGGCUUGUCCUUCUCUCCCUGAGAAUCCCAGAUUUAUUAAAAAUGAAAGAAAAACUGCAUUCGAAGGAAACACACAAAAACAUUUGCGGUUGAAUUAAGUCUUGUACAGUAAAACAAUACUGAUGGUAAGUUAUCAGUCUUACGAAAAAUUGGAAUGAAUCAGGACGCAUAUCAGAUAGAUUGUGUUUCAAGCACAGGUUGUAAAUGUGGUCAUCAAAGGAAUCUCAGAGACACUACCUCC